AUGGUGCCUGAACUUGAAAUCGCAGACGAGAGAGGUCUGCCCAUCAGAAACACGUUCUACAACGCUGGUAGCACCAUAGAACUCAAAUGUAUCAUCAGCAGGGUUUCAGAACCAAGCAAUCUGAUCACUUGGACCCAUGGGACUCGAGUUCUCAACUUUGACACAUCCAGAGGCGGAAUAAGCGUCAAGACCGAUGUGAUUGCUGGAGGAGCCAAGAGUCGUCUGUUUAUAGCCAACGCUCGCACUGUGGACUCUGGAAACUACACUUGCUCUCUCGCUGAGCUCGCCUCUGCUACAGUAACUGUACAAGUCCUCAAUGGGGAGACACCAGCGGCUAUGCAGCAUGGCGCCAGCACCACCCCUCUCCCAUCAUUGUUUCUUUGUGUCCUCCUGUUGUUAUUGUCCACGAGAUAA